UUGUAAUAAAUAGAAGAACUCCUGUCAUGUAUCUAGUUUUUGGCAUUACCGUUGUUUGUUUUAUCUUUCGAUUCUGUAAAUGAUCCAAAAUUACAGUGUUUUGGAAAUAAUUGAGUUUCAAUACUAGAUACAUGAAAGAUGAAAUCACAUCGAAUAGGAAUAGUUGCAGUAGUUUUUAUUGCAGUAAUGAUGGGUUUAAAUACUGCUCUUUCUACCACAGUUUUCUUCAUCUUCCUAUUAGCAAGUUUUUUCGUUGGUUUUUUUAAUGAGACCCAAUCAAUAGUUUCUACAGACUUGUUGGAUGUCUUCAACAUUCAAUGUACAACAGCAUCACAAAGCUUGCUUAAAAUGUCAACUAAACAGUCAGCUGGAGAUAAUAAAACAAGUGUGGAUAAAAGACUUUCUGGCUCAAGUAUAAUUGAUGAUGCUGUGCAAGAUGUGUUCCAAUACAUCAUACGAGACUAUGUUGAAAACUGGUACAGUUUAGUAACAAAAGAAACAGAGUUCCUGUUUGAAUCAAAACAUUUUUUGCAAAAAAUAGCAAUCAAUGCAUCCAAUAGAUGCAAAGAAGUUGAUUGGCUUCCUUUUCUUACUACAAGAUUUUUCGACAGUGUGAUUGCUCACAUACGUACAUAUCGCGAGGCAAAAAACAGAUUAAACCAAAAGACUAGUAAUGAGGAUUCUGCAAAAGGCAUGAAUCAAAAUCUUGUCGCUACUUUUUUUGAACUUGAAAGAUCUGGUACCAAAAAAAAUUCAAGAAAAAGAAUUUCAAUGGAUCCUUCUUAUGAAAAAGAGUGCUUAAAAAUCCUUUCUGAUUUCUUACUUCAACUACUUGGAAAGGAAGAAUUAAACUGUCGCCCACUGAACUUGCUCUCUUCCCAGAUACUAGCAGGUGAAAUUAUCAUUCCACUGUUCGACCUGCUUUCAGAUCCGGACUACAUUAAUCAAACUGUGAUUUGGCUGUGUAAAAAUUGUCAAAUAACAAGUGAUUCUUUCCUGUCCGUGAUACGCUGCACGGAAAAUUUUUCAGAAUUAGAUGCGUCCCAACAACUACUGACCAAAGAAAUUGCGAUAAUGAGGUCACACGAUUUUGGAGGAGAAGACGAUAUCUUCAUUAAAAGAAAACUAAGUAGUUUAUUGUUUGUUAAUCGACUAAUAGGAAACCAUAUUCGUGAAUUAAAUGAAGGAAGUGAGCACAAUGCCAUCGGUUAUCAUACACAGUCCUAUUGGAAAGAGUAUCUCACCAGCCAUGAUGGAAAUGCCGUAUAUCAACUUCCAUUAGACUUCAUCCUGAAAAAUAGUGUAGCACUUUCUUACCUGUUGGAUUUUAUGACUGUUCUUAAAUCACAAGCAUAUAUUUUCUUUCUUCUAAAUGUGGAAGGGUGGAAAAUUGGUGCUAACCAACAGAUUUCUCAGUUGCAGCUUGAAGGAUUUCUUGUUAAAACCGAAUACAAUCAUUUUAAACAGCGUUACAAUAUCUCGGAGCAAAAUUCACCUGGACAAAUUUUAAUGAGUUUGCAGGAAUCUGCAAUGAGCAUUUUUUCCCAGUAUUUCGCUGAUAAUGUUUCUACUCGUCUGCAAAUUGACGACGUCGUUGUUCGACGAUUGCUCUACAACCUAAAAAAUGAAGCUCCUGUUGACACCUGGUUUGACGAAGCUAAGUCAGCUAUAAUUUGCAAAAUAGAAAAAGAUGAACGGUUUAUGCCUUCUUUCCGGAAAAGUAUCGGAUACAUUAGAAUGUUGGCUGAACUUGAUAUGUUGAAAGAGGCAUCAAAAAGUGACGAUGAAGAUUUACGAUCGCUCGACGAUCAAAAUACAUAUGAAUCAAAUUCCUCUGGUUUGUUAGUCGAUUUGGAGGGAAAAGAAAAAUAUCGAAGUGAUAUUGCUGCAUGCACGAAUGACGAGUCUACAAGUGUUGAUUACACUUUGAGCGCAUCGAUUUGUCAAAAAGGAGUCGUUAAAGAUGGUAUAUCUUCGCACGCAGUAUAUUCUGUUACUGUCGUAAAGUCAUUAGGAUCUAAAGAAAUUGAUUCUUGGGUUGUGUAUCGGCGAUACUCCGAUUUUCACGAUUUUCAUAUUAGACUAGAAGAGCGAUUUAGAGUAAUGAAAGAAUUUUCAUUUCCGGCCAAACGGGCAUUCAACAACAUGGAUAAAUUAUUUUUGGAGCGGAGGCAGUAUUUGCUUAAUGAGUAUCUGAGUAAGUUGUUGAAGCCGGAGUUCCUAAGAACAAAUCCUGGCAUAAAGGAUUUUCUACUUCAGUUCUUUGAUCGCGGUUCCUACGAACACAGCAAGGGAAUGAUAUCUCGCAAGGUGGAUAGUCUGAUGAACCCUUUGGUAAGUUCUAUGAGAACUGUAACGAAAGUGGUUCGAUCUGAGUCGUCAAGCCUAAGGGAGAGCAGCAAUAGUGAAGAAAAUUUAGAUAGUAUGCAAACCUCAUCAGGAAUUCCAUUAUAUGGAGAUGACCAGUUACCUUUAAGAAUACUUUUAAUCCUGAUGGAUGAGAUUUUCGAUUUGCAAACCCGUAACCAGUGGUUGAGAAAAAGAGUGUUUUACGUGCUCCGCGAAAUUUUGCGAGCGAUGUUUGGAGACGUUUUCAAUCAGAAGAUCGUAGAUUAUGUGGUCACUGCUACGUCUCCAGAACAAGUUGCGGAGUUAAUUCAAGUGAUCAAAAAUUCGUGUUGGCCAAACGGAGUACCCGCUAUGCCUCGCCCAUCCCGGGAUGAGGCCACUAAAAUGCGAACUCGGGUCGCUGCUAAAAUGUCUCUUUUAUCCCUGUUUUCAGAUGAAAUCAAACACCUCAUAGGCAGUGAAACUACGCGAGAAGGUGUUCUACGUAUAUUUGAGCUACUUCAGAAUCCUAUUCUGAAUCGAAGAUUACUUUUCGUAAUUUUUGAAGGAGUGAUUGAUGUCCUCUUUCCUGAAAGUAACAUAGAUGAACUGUUUGAGAAAUUGUAUGUGGAAACCUCCCAUUAGAAUGUUCAGAUAAUUUCCAUUUAUUAGUUUAUUACUCUUUGGCGUCUUAGUUUCCCUCUUCCUCUAAUCAGUCAUUUUCGUAAAUAACGUCAUACACUUUCAUAUACCUCAA